GUGUAACGGUCGGUCCUUCACACCAGAAGAUGGCGCUACUCGCUUCAACCGUUAGCUGUUAACGGUAACUCUUGUUGGUGCACGUUGACUGUAAACAGCAGCUAAGGAUCAUUUUUAGCAACAGUUUGAUAUUUCAGUGGUGUAACACGACUUUUUUAAUGUGUGAAGGCCAAAAUGUUGUCGCUGGACCCCAUGGAAGUAGCAACUGUUAACCUAACGUUAAUGUUAACGGCCGUUACCUAGCAACGGACAAGUUUAAACCAGCGGAAUAUGUUGAGGACAGGUGAAAGAAGUGAAUUUAACGACCACCAUGAUUAAGUGUUUGCCUAAAGAGGUCCAGGGGAAACUUCGCUCGGGGGUCGCCAUCCCGUCGCUGCAGCAGUGUGUGGAGGAGCUGAUCCUCAACAGCAUCGAUGCCGAGGCGACCUGUGUGGGAGUCAGGAUGGACAUGGAGGCGUUCAAGGUUCAAGUGAUCGACAACGGUGCUGGGAUCAACGCUGAGGACAUGGAGAGCGCGGGAAACAGAUACCACACGAGCAAAUGCGGCUCCAUCGAAGACCUGGACAACCUACGGUGGUAUGGUUUCAGAGGAGAAGCCCUGGCAAGUGUAGUUUCUCUCGCCAAGCUUGUUGAAAUAUCAUCCCGGACCAGAUCAUCAGUGAAAACCCACGUCAAAAUCUUCAAGGAUGGCAAGAGCAUGGAUGUGUUUGAAGCGGAGACUGCUCGACCAUCUGCAGGCACAACUGUUAUCAUUUGUAACUUCCUCCACAACAUGCCAGUCCGGAGGAAGAGGAUGGAUGCUGUCCUGGAGGGUGAGAGGAUCAGACACAGACUGGAGGCUAUCUCUCUGAUGCACCCCUCUGUGUCUUUCACCCUGAAGAAUGACUGCACAGGAGCCAUGAUGGUGCAGCUUCCUAAAGCUAGAAACACUUACCACAGGUUUGUUCAGAUACACAGCCUCGGGCGUGCACAGAAACUUGGAGAAAUCAGCUACACGCACAAACAGUUUGAAGUCAUUGGUUACAUUGGCAGAGAAGGCCACUACAACAACAGCUUACAGUUCCUGUUUGUAAAUGACAGACUGCUGUUGAAAACACGCAUACACAAGCUCCUGAACUUUCUCCUACGCAAACUUAGAAGUUCAAAUCAGAAAAACGACAGUCCAGAUGGGCAGUCUGCCAUUAGGAGUCCAAAGCACAAACGAAGCCAAGAGCUGCAUGGAGUAUACAUCAUCAAUAUCAAAUGCUCUUACUCAGAAUAUGACAUAUGUCUGGAGCCUGCAAAAACUCUUAUAGAGUUCAAAGACUGGGAUGGUAUUUUGCUGUGUAUAGAAGACACAGUGAAAGCUUUCCUCAGCAGGGAGAACCUGGUGGCUGAACUUUCUCAAGAUGACUUGGACUGUGUACCUCCUGAACUGUUUGGCACUCACAAUACAGACCAAGAGGAGCAUACCACGGGCAAUGGUGGCCAAGCAACUAUCAGUGCUUCCACACAGGAUUGCAGUAUUGGAAUUAAACUGGCAUCUGCCUCUGUUCAUCGUAAGCGCAAAGAUGACUGUGUAUGUGAGGAUAACGGAGUGAUGGAGUGCAAAGAAGAGAUGGAGAAGAAAACUGUAAAUGAGUUGGAAACGAACAAAAGUGAAGGAAGCAGAAACAAAGAAUGUAUCUAUGAGCCACUGUGUGAUACUGCACAACAUACAUCUGACUAUAGCAUUACUGAAGAAGAGGAGCCACCUUUAAGUGAAGCUGGGGACAUCUCUAAAAUGUCAUGUAUGCUAAGUUCAAUCAGACAACUAGAAAGUGAAAAUAUGGAGCUCUUAAGAGAAAAUGAAAAAGAGACAUCAAACGGUACCCCAUCAACAAGCAACAUGGUUUCACUAGACCACAUCACUCAACAAAGUAAGCCUGAUUUAAACAAUAUUGAGCAAAUAUUACCUGACUACCAGGGUCCAGGCAGACAUGAAGAUACUUUAGUGACUACCAGAAAGAUCAGUCUUUCUGAUCCGUACAUUCAUGAAAAUCUGCUGUCUCAAGACAUGUCCCAAAUCAACAAGUCUGCAUCUGGGCAGCAAAUUUCAGCACAGAAAUGUGAAGAGAGAUCCUUUGCAUCUAAACGCAAAAUCUCACUGGACGCAGGCUAUGACAUAACUGGUCAAAAACCAUGGAAAGGCCUCACUCCUUUCAUUCCCUCGAAGAUUCCCAGAACUUGUCAAAAGGUGUCUUUAUGUAAGGAGUCUGGAUCCCUUGAGAAGUUCAGAAGAGUAUAUGGUAAAUUUGAUGGACUGAAACUACCUCAAGAAAAGAAUACAAGACUUCAUCAAGCAGACAGCUUUGCUUUAAAUUCCAAGAAUUUGUUUUGCCAAAAAGAUCAGCAAGAUGAAACAGAAAAAGAAAAGACACAGAGCAGGCCCCAAAGCCGACCAGCCCUCUCAGGUUUCACCCAGUUAAAACCAGCGUCAGGACAGAACAGAGGUAAAACAUCUUUGGCAGCUAAACUCUGCCAUUUGAAACAACACAGGACGGACAAUUCAAAAGUAUUACCACAGCGGUCCAGGACUACCUCAGAGGGGAAAACCUGUAUCAGUAGUGGAAAUGAUGGCACCCAAGACAGUAAUAACAAUGAGAAUCAGUGUGACGCUGCACUGAAUCCUGAGCCAGUCCCGGGUGGCAGUACAGAUCCUCUGCUGACUGAGAAGCAAGAGGCUAUGACAUCAGGUGACUGGCUUCAUCACUAUGAUCCAUCUGUUGGAAAGACGGUUUACGUCAACAAAGUGACUGGGCUCAGCCGCUAUGACAACCAUCCUCCGGAAGAAACACAAGUGCGUUGUACGUCAGAUGUCACCAACAUGGCUGUUAGUGUCAUCUCUGAAAUGGGUAUGGAAUACAGAUGUUACCCUUUUCAGGUGGAUCUAGUGUUGCCCUUCCUACCUAAAUCCAGGACAGAAAGGGUGAUUAGUUCAGGGCUUGAUGACAGAGAUGCCAAUGGUGAAAGCUCCAACUCACUUACGUCGUUGUACUCAAAAUGGAAUAAUCCUGUAUUUGUUCGACCUCCUAUGGUUGCUGUGGACAUAUCAAGUGGGCAAGCUGACGGGCUGGCUGUCAAGAUCCACAACAUCCUGUUUCCAUACCGGUUUUCUAAGGCCAUGAUUCACUCAAUGAAGGUCAUCCAUCAAGUAGAUAAGAAGUUUCUUGCAUGUCUUAUCAACACAAGAGACGAAGAGCCUGCAGCACUCGCUGAAACUGAAGGAAACCUUCUGGUGCUGGUGGAUCAGCAUGCUGCACACGAGAGAGUUCGACUGGAAAAUUUAGUUGCAGACUCCUAUGAGGAUGACCCGGAUGCACCAGGGGAGAGACGUCUGUGUUCCUCAACCAUUGUGCCACCUCUGGAGAUCAGUGUAACAGAAGAGGAACUGAGACUGCUUCGGUCUUGUCAGGCACAUUUGCGGAGUUUGGGUCUGGAAGUAAACUUCUCGCAGGCAGCAGAUCCACAGGUGUUUGUGGGUAAGGUACCACUGUGCUUCACUGAGAAGGAGAGUAAUGAGCUCAGACGGGGGAGACCAUCUAUUAUCAAGCCUCUUGUUGAGGAGUAUCUUCGAGAGCAGGUUGAGUUACUCCGCUCAACUGGUAGAGUGAGAGGAACUCUGCCUCUCACGGUGCUGAAGGUGCUAGCCUCCCUAGCAUGCCACGGUGCCAUCAAAUUCAACGACAGCCUGAGCAGAGAUGAAUGUCACAGCUUGGUGGCGUCCCUGUCCUCCUGCCAGCUGCCCUUCCAGUGCGCCCACGGUCGUCCAUCCAUUGCUCCUUUAGUAGACACGCUCCAUUUGGACAAAGACGAAAAGGAAUUACAGAAACCAAACCUCCAAAAGCUGAGAAGAAUGUAUAAAGCGUGGGAGCUGUAUGGAAAUAGAUAAGUGGGUGUGUAAUUUUUUUUAAAUGUGUAGUUUAUUAUGUCAACAAAAUAAAUUGUCACUCAUAUGAAAUAACUUAUUAAAUGGCUCAAACAGUCAAAU